GGUUUAGUAAAUACGAGAGAAAUAACACUUCGUAGUAAUUUAAAAGGCACGAACUGCUGCCACAAUAAAAUCUUUAUAAUCUGUGUACUAUUGUGGAAUUUCAUUAAUCAUCUUUUGAAUCUAAUCGCAACCAUAGUUGCGCAAUUGUAAAACCAGUUAUUCAUACAUAUAAUAUAAGUGUGCCUAGCUGAGCAGAAGCUUUCUAAUGAAUUCUAUACUUAUUACGGGAUGCAAUCGGGGGCUAGGUUUAGGGCUUGUAAAAGCGCUGGUGAAGUCAUCAAAACCCCCACAUCAUAUCUUUGCAACAUGCCGCAAUGUGGAUAAAGCUGCGGAAUUAAAGGAUUUAGCGAAUCGAAAUCCAUCUAUACACAUUUUGGAGAUUGACUUGAAUAACUUUGAAAGCUAUGCAAAUUUGGUAAGUCGUAUCGGUGAGGUUGUUAAGGAAAACGGACUUAAUGUACUGUUCAACAAUGCUGGCGUUGCUCCCAAAUCUACUCGGAUAACCACAAUAAAACUAGAGGAUCUGAUGCAGACUUUACAAACCAAUACUGUUGUGCCUAUAAUGUUGUCAAAGGCUUGCCUUCCUCUACUAAAACAAGCGGCGGCGGCGGCGACAAAUGGAGAGCAGGAAAUGGGUGUCAAACGGGCUGCUAUUAUCAAUAUGAGUUCCAUUCUUGGCUCGAUCGAGGCUAACACAGACGGUGCCAUGUACGCAUAUCGUACUUCGAAGGCUGCUUUGAAUGCUGCGACCAAGUCAAUGAGCAUAGAUCUUUUCCAAAACAAAAUUCUUUGCGUAUGUUUACAUCCUGGAUGGGUACGUACUGAUAUGGGCGGAUCCAAUGCACCUCUCGACGUGGAUACAAGCUCAAGCAAAAUAAUCGAAACGCUGUUCAAAUUUAAUGGUUCAAAUAAUGGUGGAUUUUAUCAAUAUGAUGGAAAAAAAUUGCCUUGGUAGAAGCUGUGUUCGUUAAAUUUUUAAUUGUUGGAAUUGUUGAUGAAAUAUAUUUUUGUUGCAAAAAAUCUACACACAUAUAUCUAUGUACAUAAAUACAAUAUAUACAUAUAUGUAUGUACUAGGGCUGUGCGAUUAAUUGA